AUGAGGCUGACAGACAGAACCUUCACUCCUGCACGCAGCACAGAGCUUGAACCCCCACACCCAGAGACGGACCAGCGCUCCCUCCGCCAGUAUGAACCCCCACACCCAGAGACGGACCAGCGCUCCCUCCGCCAGUCUGAACCCCCACACCCAGAGACGGACCAGCGCUCCCUCCGCCAGUAUGAACCCCCACACCCAGAGACGGACCAGCGCUCCCUCCGCCAGUAUGAACCCCCACACCCAGAGACGGACCAGCGCUCCCUCCGCCAGUAUGAACCCCCACACCCAGAGACGGACCAGCGCUCCCUCCGCCAGUAUGAACCCCCACACCCAGAGACGGACCAGCGCUCCCUCCGCCAGUAUGAACCCCCACACCCAGAGACGGACCAGCGCUCCCUCCGCCAGUAUGAACCCCCACACCCAGAGACGGACCAGCGCUCCCUCCGCCAGUAUGAACCCCCACACCCAGAGACGGACCAGCGCUCCCUCCGCCAGUAUGAACCCCCACACCCAGAGACGGACCAGCGCUCCCUCCGCCAGUAUGAACCCCCACACCCAGAGACGGACCAGCGCUCCCUCCGCCAGUAUGAACCCCCACACCCAGAGACGGACCAGCGCUCCCUCCGCCAGUAUGAACCCCCACACCCAGAGACGGACCAGCGCUCCCUCCGCCAGUAUGAACCCCCACACCCAGAGACGGACCAGCGCUCCCUCCGCCAGUAUGAACCCCCACACCCAGAGACGGACCAGCGCUCCCUCCGCCAGUAUGAACCCCCACACCCAGAGACGGACCAGCGCUCCCUCCGCCAGUAUGAACCCCCACACCCAGAGCCAGGCCAGCACUCCCUUCGCCAGUAUGAACCCCCACAUCCAGAGCCAGGCCAGCACUCCCUUCGCCAGUAUGAACCCCCACAUCCAGAGCCAGGCCAGCACUCCCUUCGCCAGUAUGAACCCCCACAUCCAGAGCCAGGCCAGCACUCCCUUCGCCAGUAUGAACCCCCACAUCCAGAGCCAGGCCAGCACUCCCUUCGCCAGUAUGAACCCCCACAUCCAGAGCCAGGCCAGCACUCCCUUCGCCAGUAUGAACCCCCACAUCCAGAGCCAGGCCAGCACUCCCUUCGCCAGUAUGAACCCCCACAUCCAGAGCCAGGCCAGCACUCCCUUCGCCAGUAUGAACCCCCACAUCCAGAGCCAGGCCAGCACUCCCUUCGCCAGUAUGAACCCCCACAUCCAGAGCCAGGCCAGCACUCCCUUCGCCAGUAUGAACCCCCACAUCCAGAGCCAGGCCAGCACUCCCUUCGCCAGUAUGAACCCCCACAUCCAGAGCCAGGCCAGCACUCCCUUCGCCAGUAUGAACCCCCACAUCCAGAGCCAGGCCAGCACUCCCUUCGCCAGUAUGAACCCCCACGCCCAGAGCCGGGCCGGCGCGCCCAACACAGGUACGAACACCCGCACCCAGAGCCAGGUUAG